AUUAAUUCUCCCAAAAGUACAUUGUUGACUUUUCUAAAUACAGUUAUUUGCUAAAUAUGUCUAUAUAAAUUGUGCAACCAGUGUACUAGUGUUAGUUCACAUAUACCAAGAAAUUAAACAAGAGAAUGGUGAGUAGAAUAGAGAGCAGCCCUGGGCCUCUUGAAACAUCAUCUCCCAUUCCAUUUUUAAAUAAAAGAGGAUCUCUAUCAUCUACUCCCAGCAAUGGCAUUCACUUAACUUGGCAAGACCUGUGGGUGACGGUGCCGGACAAGCCCGCAUGGCGGCCCAUCCUCCGCGGCCUCACCGGCUAUGUCCAGCCGGCCGAGGUCCUCGCCAUCAUGGGCCCUUCCGGCUGCGGCAAGUCCACUCUCCUCGACGCAUUAGCAGGCAGGCUCGAUUCUAACACCAGACAGAAGGGAGACAUCCUCAUCAACGGCCGAAAGCAGCAACUUGCAUUUGGCAUUUCAUCGUACCUGCCCCAAGACGAUGCGCUGGUGACGACGCUGACCGUGAGAGAAGCUGUAUACUACUCGGCUCUCCUCCAGCUUCCCGAUUCCAUGUCGGAAUCGGAGAAGAAGGCGAGAGCCGAGGGCACCAUCAGAGAGAUGGGACUAAACGACGCCAUGGACACGAGGAUCGGAGGGUGGAACGUGAAAGGGCUGAGCGGCGGGCAGAAGAGAAGGGUCAGCAUCUGCAUCGAGCUGCUGCGACGCCCCAAGCUGCUGUUCCUCGACGAGCCCACCAGUGGCCUCGACAGCGCCGCCUCCUACCAUGUAAUGAAACACAUCGUCCAACUCGCCCAACACCAACGGAUAACUGUCGUUGCAUCCAUUCAUCAACCUAGUACAGAAGUUUUUGAGCUUUUCCAUAAUCUAUGCCUUCUCUCAUGUGGCCAGACUGUCUAUUUUGGCUCCACUAUAGCAGCAAAUCAGUUUUUUGAAACAAAUGGAUUCGUUUGUCCACCUAAGAGGAACCCUUCUGAUCAUUAUUUGAGAACAAUUAAUCAAGACUUUGAUUCGGAUAUUGAACAAGGGUUUGCAAAGGAAGCUAUUACCGUUCUUGUUAAAGCUUACGAGAGGUCAGAUAUUUUCCGACAAGUUAAACAGUGUGUGGAUGAGAUAAGACUACAGAAGAAUGGAUUGACGGAGAAGAAAGGGAAGCAAGCAGGAUUCAUUACUCAAUGUGCAGUUUUAACACGAAGAUCAUCUUUGAACAUGUUUCGUGACGUGGGCUAUUACUGGUUUCGCUUUGGAAUAUAUACUGCUUUGUGCUUAUGUGUGGGAACCGUGUUUCAUAAUAUCGGUUCUACUUAUAGUUCCAUUCAGGCUAGGGCUUCAAUGCUGGUUUUUGUUUCAUCUUUCAUGACAUUUAUGGCAAUUGGAGGCUUCCCUUCCUUUGUGGAGGAUAUGAAAGUAUUCACGCGCGAGCGUCUGAACGGGCAUUAUAGUGUGGCGGCGUUCGUGGCCGGAAACAGCAUCUCGUCGGCGCCAUACCUCUUCCUGGUGACGGCGAUUCCCGGAGCGAUUGCAUACUACCUGGUGGGCCUCCAGGGAAGCGCCAACCAUUUCUCCUACUUUGUGCUGCUUCUCCUGAGCUGCAUGAUGCUGGUGGAGAGCUUGAUGAUGCUGGUGGCGGCCCUCGUCCCCAACUUCCUGAUCGGGAUCAUCUCCGGCGCCGGAAUUCAGGGCAUCAUGAUCCUCAACAACGGCUUCUUCCGGCUGCCCAACGACAUCCCCAAGGUGUUGUGGAAGUUUCCGGUGUACUACAUGUCGUUCCAACGCUACGCCAACGAGGGUUUCUACAAGAAUGAGUUUGAGGGGCUCAUGCUGCCCGACGGGCAAUCCGGGCAGGUCAGCGGCGCCGAGAUUUUGGCCCGUGUUUGGCAGAUCCAAAUGGGCCGUUCUAAGUGGGUGGAUUUGGGUGUGAUUGUUGGGAUGGUGGUGGCUUAUAGGUUGUUGUUUUGGGGGGCUAUAAUGGCGGCCGAGAUAAUUAAGCAUAAUAAAUCCCCAAAUCUUUUCAGGAGAUCAAAACUUUGAUUCUCUAAGAUACUAGUAUAUGUAUAUAUAUUUCAUUUACUGAGACGUUCAAAUGCAGUAAUGUUUGGGUUUAAAGGAUAAUAGUAUUGGAUUGUAUUUUGAUUUUGGAUUUUGUGCUUCUAGGAAAUAUUCGGAUGCUAGUUAAAUAAAAACUUAUCCUUAAUUGUUUAAA